UGUUGAGUGGGCAACGUCAUUGGGGAUGUAGGGAUCAGAUAAAUGUGCAGUUGGAGGAACUGGAGCUCCACAAGUACCAGAGGACAUCUGCAAGAGCUGCUCCCAGAGCCUUGGUGGUUGGUGUAAGAGAUUUCCAAAAUGUCUUACAAUGUGACUCUCAAUGGACCUGGACCAUGGGGUUUCCGACUGCAGGGUGGAAAGGACUUCAACAUGCCUUUGACCAUCUCCAGAAUCACUCCAGGUAGCAAGGCAGCCCAGUCACACAUGAAUCAGGGGGACCUUGUGGUGGCCAUUGAUGGAGUCAACACAGAUGGCAUGACCCACCUGGAAGCCCAGAACAAGAUCAAAUCAGCCAGCUACAACCUGAGCCUCACUCUUCAGAAAUCUAAACGGCCAGCACCAGUUCCAACAGCAAUGCCCAGAGUUGACUCUCCCAGGCCGGUAAUUCCCCAUCAGAAGGACCCUGCUUCAGAAAUCAAUGGCAGCAGAACAACAUUCAGUCUUCUAACUAACACAGCGACUGGGCCUUUGAGUGCUAUUUUAGCAACCAAUGGAACACUUUCAGGCUACCUCAGCAAGCAAGAAAUCAGCUAUUCAAAUAGUUAUUCCUUUUUAAAGACUACUGCAGUUAGAACUUCCAUGUCUUCUCAAUCAGUGACACCUGACAUUUCACCUCCAAAGAGUAAUCUAAGUUCAAAACAAAGCCCUGUGUUCACUGAUGGCCGUAGUCCUAAACACCAGCUGAGCCCUGCAAGGCAGUAUAACAACCCUAUUGGCCUUUACUCAGCAGAGACACUAAAGGAAAUGGCUGAGAUGCAUAAAUUAAGCCUCAAACGAAGGGCUUCAGAAGGUGGACUUCCAAAAGGCACGGAGUAUGUGGAACGCUUCAACCCCAAUGUCUUGAAGGACUCUGCCCUGUCUACACACAAACCUAUUGAGGUGAAAGGCCCAGGUGGCAAGGCUACUAUAAUUCAUGCCCAGUAUAAUACCCCGAUCAGCAUGUAUUCCCAGGAUGCCAUCAUGGAUGCCAUUGCAGGCCAGGCACAGGCCCAAGGUGGUGAAUUUGCUGGUGAAUCUCCAUUGGCUACACUUCCUGUUAAAGAUCCUCAUGUAGACAGUGCUUCUCCAGUGUAUCAGGCUGUGCUUAAAACUCAGAACAAGCCUGAAGAAGAGCUUGAAGACUGGAGUCGCCGUUCUGCGAAUCUGCAGUCAAAGUCUUUCCGCAUCCUUGCCCAGAUGACAGGAACGGAGUACAUGCAAGACCCAGAUGAAGAAGCCCUGAGGAAAUCAAGAGGCAAGGAAAAUGUUGCUGCAGCAGCUGAAAACAGGCCUACAAGUACUACACAUGUGCCACAGUAUGUGACCUCAAGUAUAUGGCAUCUUACUAAGUCACGCACCAUGGAUGCCAACAUUGACAAAGCUAAACCAGUGGCCUCCGAGGGUUCAAGUCAGAGGGAAGCCAGUUUCAGCAGUACUGGCAAGAAAGCCCCUCUUACUUCUUCCAGUAAUCAAAGUACCCCUGUUGAGCAUGCUCCAGUGCCUACCAGCUCUGCCUCUGCUCCUAUGCCAGCUACUUCAGCCAAUCAGCCUGCUAAUGUUGCUCAAAACACAACCAAUCAGAUGACACCACCUUCAGCCAGCCCUACUUCAGUAGCACAAGACUCCUUCUCAUCCUCUUUCCAAAGAGUGUUUGCAGCCCCCACCUCCUUUUCACAGCCUAAACCUUUCACUGGGUCCAAGAACAUGUCACUAGCAGCUUCAACUAUUUUGUGUGCUAUCUCUGCUCAGUCUAGCUUCAACAGGCAUUCUUCUACCUCCAUCAGCUACCAGUCUAAAAAGAGAAGUCCGAGCCAGUCCUAUAUGCCAGCACCAGCUUCCCAUGGUCCAGCUCCUAGCACAAGCUACAGCGAAAGUCCAGUUUCUGCUCCAAAACCAAGAGUUGUCACUACUGCCAGCAUAAAGCCUUCUGUCUACCAUUCAGCCCCUGCCCCGGCACCAGCCCCAGCGCCGACCCUAGCACCAGCACAUUCUUACAUGCCAGGCCAAGCAGAGCCAGCAAGCCGCCCUCCCUGGGUUACAGAUGACUCCUUUUCCCAGAAAUUUGCACCUGGGAAAACCACCACCAGUGUCACCAAACAUAUCCUGCCUCGGGGUGCUCCAGCACCAUCUCCUGCCUCGACUUCAGCCUACCCAACUUCGAUUUCAGCCUCUUCCCAGGCUCCUGCUGUAGCCCGGGGAACUAUUCAAAGGGCUGAGCGUUUUCCAGCCAGCAGCCGAACGCCUCUCUGUGGACACUGUAACAGCAUCAUUCGGGGUCCUUUCCUGGUAGCCAUGGGUCGUUCCUGGCACCCAGAAGAGUUCAACUGUGCUUACUGCAAGACUUCAUUGGCAGAUGUGUGCUUUGUGGAGGAGCAGAACAGUGUCUAUUGUGAGCGUUGUUAUGAGCAGUUCUUUGCACCAACCUGUGCCAGAUGCCAUACCAAGAUCAUGGGGGAAGUGAUGCAUGCCCUCAGGCAAACUUGGCACACAACUUGCUUUGUCUGUGCUGCCUGUAAGAAGCCAUUCGGGAAUAGCCUCUUCCAUAUGGAGGAUGGGGAGCCCUACUGUGAGAAAGAUUAUGUUGCUUUAUUCAGCACAAAAUGCCAUGGCUGUGAUUUUCCUGUUGAGGCAGGGGAUAAAUUCAUAGAAGCUCUUGGACACACUUGGCAUGAUACCUGCUUCAUUUGUGCUGUGUGCCAUGUAAAUUUGGAAGGGCAGCCAUUUUACUCCAAGAAGGAUAAGCCAUUAUGCAAGAAGCAUGCUCAUGCCAUCAAUGUCUAAAGGAAGAGCUGGAAGUCAGUGGCAUGGAGAGAAAAGUGGAAAAAUGAGCAGUUAUAAAAAAGAUAACAGUGGCUAACAUUUCUCUUUGGGGGAAAAAAAGCUAGGAAGCUAUUGAACAUUUCUGAAGUUUAAUUUUAGUUCAUUUUAUAUGGGCUUUUGCAUGGUCUUUAUAUAAAAAAAAAAACUGAAUGAACACCCAAAAGCAAACUAACCAAUCUAUAGAAAAAAGAAUAUUACUUCAAAAGUUAGACAAAAAAUGUGAUUAAAUUUUAACCUUUCAUAUUUAAAAAAAUAAUAAAACAUCAGGUACUUGUUCUAAUAAAUUACCCAGAACAGCUUUACAGCUGAGACCGUACACUAGUGUUAAUGAUAACUGAAAGUCAUUCUUUGUAACAAAAAAAUUAAGUGCCAAAAUAUUAAACAUAGGGUAAUUUGUAGAAUCUAAAUUAUAGCUUUAAAAUAAAAAUAACUAGAUCAGGAUAUCCUCACUGAAACCUGAGCAACAAACAUUUUAGACUUUGAAGGCCUAAAGACACCUCACAGGCUAUCCCAAAUAAGAGGUUUGCCUUGAAUCCACAUAGAACUGGAAUACUACGGACAUAAUAGGUAAUUCAGACUUUGAGAAUUAUUAGAAAGAGAGACAGAACAAUAAAUUCCUUAACCUAGCCCCAACUAGGAUUGAGAUAGGCAAAUGUUUAGGUUUACAUUUGAUCAGUGUAGAAGUCCUUUCCAAGCACAACAGAACACUUCACUGUUGAAUUAGAGUGUAAAAGGCACCUGGCUUUCUCCUUUUUUUUUUUGCAUAUGGGAAUUAAGGAAUUGGGGGAGUUUAGAAAAGAUUCAUGUUGUGUUUCUGUUCAAAGUAGAUUCAUUUUUCCUCUAUCUGUCCUGAAAAUACAUCAUACUGUUAAAGUUAUUUUGAUGCUUAAUUCCCCUGAUUUCAAAUAACUGGGCGCUAGUUACUAGUUACAGCUUCCAUUUAGCAUGGCUAGGAGGAUAGGAGUAGGAUAGCCCAUUCCCUAGUCUUCUCUAGUCAAUCCCAAAUGUUUAGAAAAAAAAACAUAUCUUUUUUCCCCAAGGAAGUCAAUGAAUACCUAUUUAAAAAAAAAUCUUAAAGCAGCACCACAUCACAGGCACAUGCUCUUACUACUGUGAUUAGUUUCUUUAAUGCAAAACAUCCCAAGUGUGGUUGUGUUUGCUGCUGUGAGAAGAUAGAAUCUGACAUUUAGGAUAGUAUUAACAUUUCACCUUUUCUAACACUUUAUAAUACAUUUUCCACUUUAUUCUAGCAAUUAUUUAAAAAAGCUUAUGUAUUGUUGUGAAAAGCAGCUAAUAUUUAUGGUAUUGAUGAUAGCUUUGGAUUCUUAAAUUUAAGUAUCUGCAAUUGUUUUGUAUGAGAGAGAGUAGUUUAUUGAUAUUCAGCAAAGAAAAAUAUUCUGACUUCAACUAUAGAAUGUUCCAUCACUCUUCAAGUUUUACUUGUUUACUUUGAGUGAACAUUAUGAUUGUAUUGUGACUCGCAGUUUUAAGUUAAUGUGUAUGAGGUUCCAGCUACCUGAGGAUAAAGUGUAUGGGCCUACUCUCCCUUCUACUCUGACCCCCAUGCAUCUUGGAUUUUUGCAUAAUCUGAAUAUAGAAGUGGAUUGCUUAGUGAUGUUUAACUUUUCCCUCCUAUUUUUCAUGCCCAUUUUAGGAUAUUUGCUAUCUUAUUUUAUAAGGUAGAAGGCACAUCCAAAGGGAAAUGGGUGAGAAUAAAAGGAACUUUUGGCUCUACUGUGCUUGCUCAAUCCACACUUAGAUUUUGAAAAACUGACAGUCUAAACAUGCCCAUUUGCAGCUUUGACUUGAGUAGCCUGCACUUAUAUAUUAGAGUAUCCUAGUUCUCAUAUAUCUUAGCAGUGUUACAAAGGUUAAAUUUUUUUACAUGGAUGAAUUCAUCUUAAAACAAUUUCUUGAACAUAUUAGGUACUUUCUCUUUUUCUAUAGAAAAGAAAGUUUUCUGCUUCCGAAUAGAGUCAAAUCCUCAGCCUGAUAUGGCUCCAUCAAUUACAUUAGCUAAGGAUCCAGGUCAUUGUAUUCUCCAGUGAGUUAUAAGCAAUGCAAGUUAAAAUUAAUUUCCAUUCACAUUUGGUUUCUAUUACUUCUUUCUCUAGAUACCAAAAUAGUAUUUUUUAUAUACUUGUAUUUCUUUCAGAGGACAAUUCUAGUGCUGUUCAACAGACAAUAGAGUGUAUCAUUCUCUGUCACUUAGAAACAGAGUCAGUAUUAAUAUAUAUGUUACACCAUAAACAGGCUGCACUGAAGCACUUCUGCCAAGCAGUUUGUGUGCCCAGUCCACAGAUAGGAGCUAUUCUGUAUCAGUAUUUCUCUACUUUAAUAGCCAUUUACAUGUAGCUGAUUGCAGCCCAUUUAGCCAUUGCGGAGCUAGCUUCAGUCUGGCUAGCAAUGCAGAUCUGGCUACAGCAGUGAAAAAGGCAGUGUCAUGGGCUUCAGCAGGGGCUGUACAAGCCUGCCAGAAAUCCUGGGUACAGUGGGACACUAAACAGCCAAGCCAGACUUGAGUCCGGUACUGUUAUGAAAAUAAACAAUUGAUUUGUGAGAUCCCAGAACAUAACUGAAAUGAGAUUGUAUGUUAAAAUAUUGUAAGAAAAUUUAGCAUAUUUUUUAGUUUUUCUCUUGCUCUUAAGUAUAGCAAGAAAUUUCCUAAUAAAUAAGGAGGAAAAACUCUUUAUAGAACUUUAAAAAAGAUGAAAAAAGAGAAAAAAAAGGAAAAGCAUGGCACAAACAAGUGUGGCAGUGUGCAGUUGAUUAGAGUACUAUAGUUUCCUUGGUCAGCUUGCCCAAGCUUAAAUUCAUGCUGAUGUUCCUUCACUUCAGUUUGUUACACGAGCUACUAAGAUUAAAGCCAGUUUGCAUUGGCCCAUAUGUGCUGCAGUUGCCUCUGGCUACAUUGUAGGCAUGUCCAUAUUAGUAGCAUACAAUUAAUUUCCAAUUUUGAUUUGCGUUGCUUCCUAGUAGCCUAAAAAUAGGGAAUAGUUACCCACACUUGAGGUCAAAUACCAUUUUUGCACAAACCUCAGACAAAAAUGGGUACUAUUUUGAAUCUUAUUUGGGUAGAAUACCAUGAAAUCACCAUUAUUGUUCUGCCACGUAGAGCAAAUUCAUAAGAAAAAAUAAGAUACACACGUCAAACUCAGAAUAGGGCCCUUCCUUAAUCUGUCACUAGCACAACUGCUGUAGCAAAAUAUUUUUUAUAGGGUGAAUAAAGUGUGUUAUGUUUCAUGUGUUUUAAUAAUUACCUGGGUGUAAGUCAGACAAAACUUUUUAUUCUAAUUCCCAGAGGAUUUGUCUAGAAGAUAAAAAAACAACUGUACCACUGAAUGACCAAUGGAUAAAGAUAUAAAGCAUCAAAACCCAUCUUGUUUGCAGUUAAAAAUACAGUGAACUCUCUAUGCAGUUGAAGAUUCAAAAUCAGCAUGAGACUCUAGAAUUUUUUUCUUUUUCUUUUUUUAUUUAUUUGCAGCACAAAAAGUAAAUCGAAUGGGUCACCAUUUGUUGAGGUCUUUUGAAACAUUUCAUCUUCUAACUAAAAAAAAUUUUAGUUUGGCAUAUUAGAUUCACACGCACACAAAAAUCUAAUUACCAAAUUGUUUGACUUUGGUCCUUCAUUGGUCAGGAAAUUGAAUGAAAUGAUUUAAGAUUUUUUUUUAUUUGUGUUUAAGAAUGUGAAUAUCCACAGCACUAAAAACACUUAUUAGUGUCUAAUGCUGGGCAGUAUGUUUAGCUGCAAUACUUGUCUCCUGGUAGUAGGCAUUAAUUUGUUUAGUAUUUAUAAAUGAUAAAAUUUGCAGCUGAUUGAUUUAUUGCAUGCAGUGAUCAUCCUGGAAGUCUAGCUUUUAUAGUGUAUUGAAAUAUUAACAUAAUACUACAAGUGCCCUUGCUUUUAGAUUUUUUUAAAAGUUUCUAGUUGUUAUUUCAGAAACAGAAUGUAGUAUGGUUUAUGAGGUGUGAGUGAACAUAUCUUGCAUGAAUUAUCAGCGCCAACAUGAAUAAAAUAUUCUAGCAAUAAAAGGGAUGUGCAAAUACUUAUAGAGCUUUCUGUUUGGGGCAUAUUUAUUAAUAUGGCUUGUCAGCAGUUGAUAGCUUUCAGCCAAAGAAUGCUGAUUAGAAGGCAUAAGCAAACAUAUUCUCUACAUCAGAGCCUUAAGAUAAAAGAAAAUGAAUUGAUUCAGCUUUCCAGUGCACUAUACAAACCCAGAACCUGGUGUUAACUAAAUUGUACCAUUUAAUCAGAUAUGAGCAUGCUCUAAAGAUGUAGUGAGUGGUUCUCAAACUUUUAGACGCAAGGUAUACCUUGCUACACUCAGCACUCCUCAGAAAAUACCACUUCUUAGUUCACUCAUUUUUGACCAUAGAAAAAUGAGAGAACAGUGUUUCCAUUGCAAAGAACUCAGAAAGAGAGCAAUAGAUCACAAUGUUUCUAAUAUUAUUAAUUCCUAUUUGAAAUCUCUAGGUUUAGCUCAUGAAGCAUAUUUACACACUUAACAGUGCUAACAUUCUGUGGCACCCUGGGAUACCCUUGAAAGGAUGUCAAGGCACCCCAGUGCCAUGGCACCUAUAUUGAGAAUCAUUGAUGUAGUAGUGUCUGCAAGUUGCAACUGGGCAGGGCUUGUAAAAGUACAGGCCUUAUUGUGUCAAUAAAUACUCCCUAAGUAACUUAAUGAGCAAAGGGAAAAUUCUGAAUGGGGCACAUUGGUGCAGUUUGUAGGCUCACCCCCAUUGUGCAGGUUGUUCUUCUUUUGUUUCCAAGCCAAAGUGACUUUAAAAAAUAUAGAAAAAAAGUCUAAUUCUCUAAUUGAACUCUUAUGCUGGGUUGAACUUCCAAUGGAAGAAAUGGCUCUUCAUGUAACACUAUAAAGAAUUUUUAUUGCAUAAGCUACUAAAACAGAAUUUUUUUCUUACUGUAACCCAUAAACCUCUUCUCUUUUGUCUCCUCACAAAGGUAUUUAAAAGAUCUAAUUACUAUAGAUUAUAUUAAACUUGAUUAAAAGUUGCAUAGAUAAUAAAGUGGCAACCUGAGCUUUAAAUGGCACAAGAAAGCUCUCUAUCAGGAACUGCAAUUUUUUGCAUUUUGAUUUUAUUCUACAGCCAUACUUGUUUAUGAUGUGUGUGAAAGAAGUAAGACUCAGUUACACAGGAAUGCAUUAGAUAAACAAGUCCAUAGAAAGCAAACAUGUAAUUCACCUUUAAUGCUGAAUCACUGUUGUUCAUAUAUUUCUAUUCUGACCCUGUACAUUUUGCAUUUAAGAAAUCCUUAAUGUAAGGGAAAUUGUACUUCACUAAGAAUGGAGUCUAUUAUGUUUGCUGUUGUUUAUUUUUAACAACAAAUAUUAACUGGAGUUCUGCUGAUUAAGAAAGAGGAUUUGUAAAAAAAUGACUGUAAACCAUCCUUGAAUGCAUAAUAACUUGCUUUAUUCUCAUGGCCAAAACAAAGCUAUAGAUGAGAUGGAAUGUUUAGGCAAAAAUUCCUUCCUGUAUACCUAAUGCAUGACAUUAGAUGUCUUUUAAAGAUGCAAGUGGCAAGGAUUUCUUAGGGUGAUAUCUGUUAUUGGACCAAUAACGUAGUUGGGAUAAAGUUCAACAAGCUUUCAAAUGCAAAAUAUUCUUUCUCAGGUCUUCCCCUUUUAUCUUUAGGUUGUGGAUUUUGCAGUGUAAGCAGCAGAUUUUGAUAUCUUCCAUGAUGCAGUAGGGUAACAGUGAUGUAGCCACAGUGGUUCAGAAAUUAUGCAAGAGGCAAGGAUUUCUUAGGGUGGUAUCUUUUAUUGGACGAACUUUUGUAUUGGACCAACUAAUUUUAAAGAUGCGGGCUUUGUUCCUCUGAGGAAGGGCAAACCACAAUAAAUAAAUAAAUAAUUUAAUGAAAUCCUUAUAGUACAGAGAUACCAUUUAAUUGGAAGUAUUCUAAAAUACUUGUUGGACAGCACUCCUUGCUUUCUUCGGUUCCUUCCAAGUUCCAUCUGAGGCAUUUUUCUUGUGAUUUAACAUUAACAGUUUGUUUGGUCUUGAUAAAUUGAAUCAACUGUAGGAGACUGGACCUCUGGGUCUAGGAGUUCCCUUUGAGCCCUCUGUUCAAGGGCCUCUGUUACUUCAAGCAGGGAAAAAACAACAGGCAAGGGCUGUCACAGAGCAGAGGUAGUGUGGCAGAAGGCCACCUCUGUUUCUUCCCAAAAACUCUGCUCUGUGACAGUUUGGUUAGUAUGGGCCCUGCAGAUCAAAGGCUACCCCAGCCACCCUGUUUGCUUUGUGAGAUUUUUCUGAUACUGCUCAACUCUGUGCCCUGUUCCAAACCUACUCCUUGUAACCAGUGGGGUUCUCCUUUGUACCUAGCAUGGUAGAUUUAUUGGGAGUAGGUCUAGAUUAUGCCUUGGGAUUCCCUUGGUUCGGCUGACUAAGGGAGACCACUAUUUGUGCUUCUAACUGAGGAAAGCAUCCUGAGUUCUUGAAGUGAGUCAAGUAUCCUCAAGGGCUACUAGGCCUGUAUUUCCCAGGGGGCACCAUGCCAGGAUCAAGCCCAUCCCUGUGUGAUGGCAGCAAUACCCCCAGGCUAGUAGGUGUAUUCCAGGUAGGGGGCUGGCCAGACGUGAGGCACCCCUGGGAAGGCACUCAGAGCCUGGAAGAUGGUCGGGCACGGUGAGAUGGGUGGCUCAGCACAGGAGCACCCCCUACUGGCUUGCCACAAGGGCUACAAUGUGAUAUAGGCUACUGAGUAAAAAAUAGUUGCAAGAAGUUAAGUAGCCAAAGGAGAUAAAGACUGCAGCAGAGGAGAGGAAGUGAAAUAUGGGGCUAUGAGGAAAUCUGUGUCUAGUUGGAGACUAUAUGAUUGGAAGGGAUGAAGCCCAGGUAUUAGAAACCUGACUUCUGGGCCAGAGAAUGCUGGCAAAUGCAGGAGGCUGGAGAGAGCAUUUUAUUGGGGGAUAGUUUGUUUACACCGGCUGUAAAGGCUGUGAGGUGUGGGCAUGUCUAUGGCUUGAGGCCAGGGAAGACAGCUUAGUGUAGCAGACUUAGGACCCAGGCAAACCCAUUCAUCAGGGAGGCUAGCAUAAAAUACCUCUACAGGGACAGGCCACAGUGGUGCUGGGGAGGCACUGAAUGUUUUUAAUUGUAGGCCUAGAGCCCAUUGGAUUAAGUUAGGGCCAGGGUGUCUGGUUGUGGCCUUGAACCAGGGGCCUUGGCCUGAUCAGCAGGGUUGCUCAGGCUGUUCAAGGCUGUCCUGAAGCUUCCAGCAGGGCUUAGCCCUCUGCUCAUACACUAGCACUGGAGUGGCUGGCCAGAGUCAGCUGACCUUCCAAUUCCCCCAUAUAAACUCCUGACCUGGAGCAGCCUUAUGUAAAGGGCUGACCUGGAACCGGAAGUGUCUGCACAACUAGCCUCUAGCUGAUCCCAGGCAGCCUAGUUGUUCCUUCUCACUUGUGCUCUAAUUGGUCUCUAUUUGAGCUCCUGGCUUCCUGACCCAGCUUGCUGUCUGACUCUGCUCUCUUCCCUAUUCACUAACUUCCUGACUCAGCCUGUUCUUGGACCUAGACCCUGUUCUUGGACUGAUCUACUGGCUUCCUGACCAGGCUUGUCCCUGGAAUCUGUUCAUUCCCCUGACCCUGGUCAGCACCUCAAUCCUAUACCUGGCCACCUGUGGCCUGGUGUACCAAAGAGACCUGGUUGAUAGUACCAUCUGCUAAGCUUGGAUAAAAGGAGAAUUAGAAAGCCAGAGGGAGUUACUGUUGCAUUCUGCAUUUUGGACUGCAGGCUUAGGGCCUGGUGAAUCUAGGCAGACCAAGGGGACUGGUGCAGAGAGAUAUAGGGAGAGCAAGGCAGCUCAGGCCAGCCAGAAGGAGCCCAGAGGUCUGUGUCAAAGGGCCAAGAGCCCAGAGUUAAAUGAUCAAUUUGACUGACAUGGAGAAUAAGAGGUCCCCUGCUCAGGGCAUUGAACUGAGAGCCCAGUGAUGAGCAGAGCAGAGUGAAGCUCCCAAAGUUCACUCUGGUUUCUAGGGCAGUCUCCCCAUUGUGUGAUCAGUUUACAAUUAAGGGGUGGCAGCCAAGGUAGUAGGGUGGUACCCUGGGAGGCUGCCGGAGGGGUGCCUCAGACACCUAGAAGUCGGUAUUGUCACAUGUAAACAAAAAUAUGUAGGUGAGGCAUAUGCGUACUAGGAGACAACAACAUUGAGACAUAGAUUCCCUUUUGAUGAAUGCAGUUUGUACCUGCAAAAUGUGAACCUGCAUUUUUAUAUGUAAAGAAUUAAUUACCUAUGCUGAGUACAUGACCCUUUAACUACCUGAUUGGUCCUUGCUCUCAGGUAGUUAAAUAUUUGAUGUGACUAAUUUUUGGCCAAACUGAAAAUGUGAAGGCUUAAUGGAAAAAUUUAAUUUUGAAAAUUUGGCUCUAAAAAAAAACAUUCCCUAAGGAAUAAAAUAAAUUAUUAUUUGUGCUAAGAUUGUGAAUAUUUAAAUCAAAACAAUAAUUCCUUCUUGGGACAAUGUUUGAUGGCAUUAACUUUAUCAAGUUUUCAUGAGUAACAAGCAAAGUUUUCAGAUCAAGCCUAUAGGUGAGGCAAUGUCAUCAUCUAGUUAUGUGAGCAUGAAACUAGAAAUCAGAAUAUCCUCAACUUGUAA